AUGGCAAGCAGCGCGUUUGGCGAGAUACACUACCCGCGCUAUGGCUGCGGCAAGGGCUUUGAAGAUCUCCCGUUUUGCAAUAGCAGGUUGCCCAUCGCGGAUCGUGUCGACGACUUAGUACAGCGGUUACGGUUGGAGGAGAAGCCCCUCCUGAUGGUUGCCCGGCUGGCACCGCUUGGCAACAUCUCACGGCUUGGCAUUCCACAAUAUGACUGGGGAGCCAAUUGCAUCCAUGGUGUUCAAUCUCGCUGCGGUAGAGGCUCAGAUGGCAAGGUUCGAUGCCCCACCUCUUUUGCAGCUCCGAACCUCUUAGGUGCCACUUUCAAUGAGUCGGCAUGGUGGACAAUGGGUCACAUCAUUGGCGUGGAGCUGCGCAGCCUUUGGAAGCAAGGCAAAGGAGAGAACCAUCCACCCACGCAGCUUCCACCUUUAGGCCUGGACUGCUGGAGCCCAAACAUCAACAUAGUCCGUGAUCCACGUUGGGGGCGGAACAUGGAGACCACGUCCGAGGAUCCUUUCAUCCUGAGCCGCUUCGGGGUACAGGUGACGAAGGGAUUGCAGGAAGGCAAGGAGGACAAAGGGCGGCUACAAGCCAUUGUCACACUCAAGCACUUUGCAGCGAAUGAGCUUGAAGGCACAUGGAAGGGACCGGGCGGUCCUGCUGAGUACCCUGGCACCGGGAUGUGCCCUGGACGGAAGUGUACAAGACACACAAUCAAUGUAAAUAUCUCUUCGUAUGAUCUGGCCUCAUCCUACCUGGCAUCUUUCCGCAGCACCGUAGUAGAAGGAGGUGCACUUGGGGUAAUGUGUUCUUACAAUUCAAUCAAUGGCUAUCCGAGUUGUGCCAACAAGUGGCUUCUGAAUGAGAAGCUGCGAAAAGACUGGGGCUUCAAAGGCUAUGUAACGGGAGACUCUGGAGCUGUCGCCGACAUUUACCAUCAACAUUGGUUCGCUCCGUCAAUGGAGGAUGCAGUUGCCAAGGCUGUGGAGGCCGGCACAGAUGUCCAAUCCUCUGGGUGGCCCUCGGGACAUGCAUGGUCGACGACGAACGCUGAGUACCUGAAGUACAUCCCAGACUUGGUCCGACAGGGAAAGCUGUCUGAAGAGGCGCUGGACGAAGCUCUGAGGCACACUUUGACCCUCAGAUUCCGCCUCGGCCUCUUCGAUGAUCCUGCUAGCCAACCAUAUGAGCACCUCUCUCCCGACAUUGUGCGCCGUAGCGAGCAUCUGGCUGCCGCUCUUGACUCGACGGAGCAGGGUCUGGUACUUCUCAAGAACGAGAAGGGCACUUUGCCAAUCCCUGAGGGUCGAAAGAUUGCCGUCAUCGGUCCCCACGCCGCUUCCCGAGGAGAGCUCCUCGGAAACUACUUGGGUCAGAUUUGCCCAGGUGAGAGGCAGAGCUUCGCUUGUGUGGAGACCAUCUUCGAAGCCCUCUCCAACUUGACGCAGCAAGUGACCACAGCCCCAGGAUUGCCCGGCAUCAGCAGCGAAGUUGACCCGAAGAUCCUUGCAGAAGCGGUAGCCACGGCGAAGGCUGCCGAGUACAUCAUACUGGCUUUAGGCCUGGACACUGCCCGAAUCGAGAAAGAGGGGCAGGAUCGCCACACGGUGAUACUGCCGCCUGGGCAGCUGGCUCUGCUCGAUGCUAUGAUCGCCCUUAAGAGGCCGUUGACUGUUGUGCUGGUGAAUGGCGGCAUGGUGGCGAUGACACCCGUCAAGGAGAAGGCCGACGCGAUCGUGGAAGCCUGGUACCCCGGAUUUUUUGGCGCCAGAGCCAUCGCCCGUGCAGUGUUGGGACACAGCAACCGCUGGGGCAAGCUGCCUGUGACUAUAUAUGAUGAACACUUUACAGAGCAAUUCGACAUGCUCAGCUUUGACAUGACUAAAUCUCCUGGGCGGACGUACCGCUACUUUACAGGACAACCGCUUUGGCCAUUUGGAUAUGGCCUGUCCUACACCACCUUUUCUUUGCAGAUCCUCGGUUCAAGUUCGAUCAAGGUCUCGCAGGCAGGAGGUUCCGCAAAGGUCGAUGUGCGCCUCCUGAACACUGGGGAGAGAGCCGGCGACGAAGUGGUAAUGGCUUAUUUCUCGCCAAAGGAAGGGACUCUUCCUGCAGGAUGCGCUGCCACACUUCUGCGCAAAGAGCUUUUUGCUUUCCAGCGGGUUGCCCUCCAGCCUCAGAUAAGUGCGACCUUGGGCUUCACGCUCACAGCCGCGAGUUUCCAGGUCUUUACAGACGCCGGUGAUGGUGUCAGCUAUGCUGGCAAGUACACUGUAUUGCUCAGCACAGGUAGUGUGGACGUGACCAUGGACGUCGAAGUGGAGGGAAGUCCGCAGCAGCCAUUGGUUUUACAGCCUUGGCAAGCGCCUGCCAAGACAACUAGCGUCGUUGUCUGA